ACAAUCACAAGCUACUCUUAUGGAUUACAAAUAUAUGUUAAAAGUUACACUGAAUUUGUAAAAUCAACCAUGUGUGGUUUCCAUUGCGAAUCAAAAAGGGAUUUUUAAAACUAAAGCUGUGAGAGAGAAUUCGUAAGUCUCUGAAGUUAGAGAAAUGGUAACAUGCCAGGAUUGACAACCAAAAGGGGCGAACUGUCUUUCUAUUUAGUUUAAAAUGGUUCAAAUCAUUUUUACAAGAGAGCUAUAACUACGCUUUAAAUCUUUGGAUUGAAAAAAUUAAAUUAUGGUUCAAAUUGUAGUAAACCAAUUGAGUAUCAUUGGACAGGCCAACAAUUUGUGCUUAUAUCAAAUAUAUUAUCCAUUCUAACAGGAUACCAGGCUCUUGAUGAAUUUUUAAAAGCUAUUACGGUAUUGACACCUAUGCUUCCAAAUUGAAGUUCAUUUUGACCACAAUGUGACCUUUCCUCUCAAAAGUCGCAUAUGUGUAGCCUGAAAUUUCCUUUUUACCAGAAAAAAUUUCCAUAGCAAUUUUCGACAGUGAUUCCAAGUCUACUUCCAACUUUUUUUGCAUGAGCAUAACUUAUGAUUUUGAAACAAAUGUUUCUGAUGAUAUUAAAAGUCGCGCUUUAUUGUAGCAAAGUUUUCAUUCAAAGAUUUAGCCCCUUUGUCUAUAAUGAUUGUUCGAAGGCUUCAAUGAAUUUUAUAGUCAUUUUUCCAAUUUCUAGUUUUUGGUUGAGCCUGUGACAAAAUGUAUAAAUUUAGACAAUUGCCAACGGCCAUAAUUAUAACUAUUGUAACGAAUAACAUUUUAAGUCUAUCAUGUUGCCAUUUUCAUAUCCUUAUUUUGACACUUUUCUCGUGCCAUGAAAAUAUGUCACAAAUUGAUUUCCCUUGAGAUCUUAAAAUAGCAUUGUCUUGGCUUCAGUUCUUAAAUUCGAUUCAACGUAUCGAAUCACGUGAUUUUGUAAGCCUAAAUAUAUAUUUCUCCACGUGCAGUUUCAAAAAUAUUCUUGUUUAAUAGCGGAAUUUUGAGCAGUUUUUAGUUCUAGUGAGUUAAAUGUACAAAUGAGGCAUAAAAAUAAAUAUCAAAUCAUGAAGAACAGAAAUAUUGCACGAGAGCUAGUUCUUGGGAAACAGCGAAAAACCUUAAGGUGUUCGAGAUGUAAAAAUCAUGGCAUUCUGGUACUACUAAGAGGCCACAAGAAAAGUUGCCCGUUUCGAGCCUGUUCUUGCUCGAAAUGCCAACUGCAGGGUGAAAAACAGAGAGUUCUUGCAGCACAAACAGCAUUGCAACGGGAAGAGCCAGUUUCCAGGUCUUACUGCAAAGACGACAAGAGGCUUUUUUCAGCUGACUCACGCUUUAAAGAAGAGGAAACACCUUCACGCAUGGCAAACGGACCAAAUGAUGGAACUUCAGUUACUUCAAAGAAUCAUUCACACUCGACAAACAACUUCUCUUCACCAUUAGACACAACUGCAUGCCGUGGAGAAAACAAGCAGCAAUUAUCUGGGCAAGCUUUUAACUUGUAUCCGAGCACAUUUGCUAGAUCUUCCGCUGCUGAAAUUCUUAGUAAGCAAAACAUGCUUUUCUCAGGCCCAUAUUUGCCUGAUCAAUUUUCUGGAAUGCUGAACAACCACGCGGUACAUUCGAAGCAAGCUCCCUCGCAGCACCAUUUCAACCCCGUCCUACAUCAUCCAAGUAUGUGGCAUACAUACCAACAGAGGCAACACCAGCAAGAUUCUGUACAAGCUAAUGCACCAUGCUUCUACUCAAACCACCUUCAAGACAGCAGAGGUGGGUUACGAUUCCGAUAUCUAAACCUACUAGCUAGAUUAUUCCCACAGUUUUCAGAUAUUUUUAUCAAUUCAGUGUUGGAGGAUACCAAUUUUGAAUUACUGACUGCGGCAGAAUGGCUCGUGCAACUGGAAGAACGACGCUCUUUCAUGUACCCAGCUUUCGAUCCCGUCGGAACCGUUCCUUUUGUGAACCAAAACUGUGACAAUUUUGAUUACAUGUACCAAAAGCCUGGGUAUACUCUACAACAUACCGAUGCUACCAAACCGAGCUUGAAAUAUGCAUCUGUAAGUCCACAUUCUGGAGUUUUCAGGCAAGGAAAGGAAGUGAAUAACUUUAAAAUGCUAGUUGACCAGCAAAUGGAACAUCAGCAAGGCCAUUACCUUCCUGCAGCUCCAGUUGCAACCAAUGUUUCUGCUAAUGGAUAUCUUUUUGCUUCUUCGCAAUCAACAACUCAUAGGACCACAGUUUCCUACAGCAAAGCACCUUCAACAGCUCCUUGCUCCCAGGCAAACUUUCACCAAGCCGAUUCAAAUUCAAAACCAUACAACAAUACUCUGUCUAAUGGCUUUUCUUGGCAUAGUAACAUGCAGGCUACCAGGGCACAUGAUCACAUUGGUGGUUCGACCGGUUCAAGCGAGACAGAGACAAUUAGCCGAAAAGGACACAUACACAACGAAGGGCAUGACGUCACUGAUUUGUUAAGCAGUAGGAGCAGAGAGGAACAAAGCACCAGUGUUCCACAGGAAGGGUCAAGCUCAUUGGCAAAGAAUACGACAACCAAUGGAGUUUAUCAGUCGGUGAGUUUUGUUGACUACAUUAUUCAAAAUGAAGGGCACUGUCAGGCAGAAAGGCGUGUUUUAAGCAACUGUAAUGUUAAAGAGUGCGAAGUGGCAGAUCAGAAGUUAACAGUUAUUUCACAGUAUAUUGAAGAAGAGGAAGGAUUUAUGGAUAAUCAUGGAGGCAUAGAAUCAAACACAAAUAAGACUCAUGCGGAUGGAUGCAAACUCGGGAGAAAUCAGCAAAUAGAUUGUACGGAUGUCGGAUCAGACAGACGACAAAGUCGUGCCGACGAGUUAGACAACCAGUCUGACGCCUCUUCAUUUGCUGAAAGUGAAGCGUCAAAAAUGCUUAUAAUUAACUAGCAUUGCCCAUUUAGCUUUUAACUUUUCGUUGACUGUUAAAAAAGUUGUGCAAUUGUCAGACUUUUUCAAUUCUUUUAUAUUGUUAUGUUUUGCAAGUGCACAGUACACUCUCUUUUAUAGGAAUAUUCAGGCUAAGAGUCGGCCAAAUUUUUUAAGAAUAUUUUUUAAUAUGACUUAUCCUCAGCUCGCAUUUUUGUGUCCUAUUUUCAGCAUUUGCUUGUUUUGCAAUGUUCAUAGCAGAGAAACGCAUGAGUGACGUUUCUCGUCUUUUAAGAAGUAUGGUUUUUAUUCAAAGGUUGGCGAAGUUCCCCUGGAACCAUAUCAGAUUUUCAAAAAGAGAUAAUAAUUUGAGAAUAUAGUCAGGCACAGAACGAAUAUUGAAUGCUAAUAUUUAGGCUGGGCGAAGUUUUAAUUGUUCUUAUAAAAAAGAGUGUACUGCAGUAAUUUGAUUUUUAUACUUACGUCGAGAUGGCUUGGGAUUCUAAACUUAAGCAUUUAAAAGUUACAUUUAUUUUAAUUUCAUUAAGAUUCUUAGUGCUGAACUUUGGAAUUAAACAGAUCAGUUGAUUUAAAGAUGAUUUGUAGGUUCUUGUAAUUUUAUAAAUUGAGAUGAUUUGAACAACUUCACUGCACUGAGAUCUGCACUGUUCAACACUGAGAUCUUAAUAAUUGAAUUUUUAUAAUUUUGUUUAAAUUCUUUAAUUGUUUGUAUGGGCAGAUCAUUUACUUAUUAUAUUCGACAAAUCAUUGUGAUAAAAAGAUAUUUUGAGCUUAACAGGCUGAAAUUUGUUUAUUUUGUUUAAUUUUUAUUGCUUGUAAGUUUUAUUGUCUAUUUUGUCUUAUUUUGACAUUUAGAACUUUAGGGUAGAACACAAGACUGGAAUGUCAUUUAUUUUCUUUCUCGAUUUCAACAUGGACGGGUUUAUGCAAUUAUUGUUUAGAAUAUAAAUAAGAUUUUGGUUGUUCUUUCCUGUCUGCGUAGGGUUUCUGGGGUCUGGUGGCCUAAAUUUUAUUUGCUUCCUUAUUGCAACCAAGCAAAGUUUCAUCGUCAGUAAAAAGUCAGUAUUAUAUCAAGACUCUGUGGAAUAAACCGUAGAGGUCUCACAAACUUGAGAUGGGUAUUCUAUAUAUAUAUUUGUAGGUAUAUUUGCAAAAUAAAAAUUAUGCUAUUUGGAACAG